AGGGCCACGAUCCGGCUCCGGUCCCAGCCACCCAUCGGCCCCGUCUCGGCGCUCAGUGUCGGCCGGCGGUGCGCGGGGCGCGGUUGGCGCGAGUGGGCCGCCGAGGAGCCCCGAAAUGCGCGCGGCUCUGAGCGCGCUCGUGAUGUUCCGCACGGCGCUGCUGGUGGUGGUGCUGCUGCUGGGACUGAAGGCAGAGCCAGGCACGCCUUCGUCGCCGGCGACGGAGCGGACCGUGCCGCAGAAGCUGGCGCCGCCGUUCGACCCGGAGUCGGCCGACCGACACCACCUGGACACGGGCACGUUCAGCCGCGUCUCGGCGCUCCUCUGGGACCCGCACCCGCGCUACAGCGUGCGCGCCUUCGGCCGCCGGCUGGUGCUGCUGCUCGAGCCGGACGCGCUGCUGGCGGCGCCCGAGCUGCCCGUGCAGCGCGUCUACCGCAACUUCACCGAGGUGCGCGGCCUGGGCCGGCCGGCGGCGCACUGCCUCUACCGCGGCAUGGUCGAGGACGACGCCGACUCGGUGGUCGCCGUGAGCCUGUGUCACGGAAUGACGGGUCACAUCCGCACGUCAGAGAGCAACUAUCUCAUCUGGCCGUCCGACAAAGAGGCGGACGAUCCGGACGAACACGUCAUUCAAAUGUUUCCCGGCUCCGAGUCGCACACAGCGCCGACCGCAGCGCCCGAGGAGGAGGACUCUGACGAGCAAGGCCGCCGGCGCCGCUCCACCAGUCACGCCCACCACAUGGAGGUGAUGGUGGCUGCCGACGCGCGGAUGGCCGACUACCACGGCGAUCAGCUGGAGCAGUACAUCCUCACGCUCAUGUCCAUAGUGGCCCUGAUCUACAAGGACCCGAGCAUCGGCAACUCUGUGACAGUGUCGCUGGGCCGGAUCAUUCGGCUGGAGGACGACCUUCUGGAGGAGGAGGUGGAGGCGGAGGAGGACGGCAGCAAAUCCAGCGGCAAGUCCGCGUCGGCACUGCUCCACAAUUUCUGUAAGUGGCAGCAGAAACAUGCUGUUGAAGAGAAGUCGAGUUCGGGGUAUUACGACACUGCCGUCCUCCUAACGAGGGAGGAUAUUUGCCGUAACCCGCAGCGACAGCAGUGCGACACGCUCGGUCUUGCUGAGCUCGGCACCAUGUGCGACUCGAAAGCCUCCUGUUCGAUCAUCCAGGACAACGGUCUGAGCGCGGCCUUCACGGUGGCCCACGAGCUUGGUCACGUACUCAACAUUCCGCACGACGACGACUCCAAGUGUCAGCAGUACAUGGGCUCGGAGAAGGUUCAGUUCGUCAUGUCCAGGAUGCUGGACCACAACACAUUUCCGUGGUCGUGGUCCAAGUGCAGCCGCCACUACCUCACCGAGUACCUCGAUGCCGGGUACGGCGACUGCCUGAGGAAGCAGCCAAAGGCCAACUACCGGCGUCAUAGCGAGCCCAGCGAUCAGCUGGCGCUCGGCCCGGCCGGUCAGACCUACGACGCCACCCAGCAGUGCAAGCUUGUCUUCGGAGACGAGUUCGAGAUCUGCUCUUACAUGCCGACCUGUAAGCGUCUCUGGUGCUCAAGGAGGUGCAAUGGCACCGAUUGCAGCGAGGGCUGCCGCACGCAGCACAUGCCCUGGGCGGACGGCACCACUUGUGCUCCGGGCAGGUGGUGCCAGCGUGGGGAGUGUGUCUCGCGGACGCCACGGCCCGACACCGUGCACGGAGGAUGGGGACAAUGGGGCGAGUGGGGCCAGUGCUCGCGCUCCUGUGGCGGCGGCAUCCGGCGUUCGGAGCGCGGAUGUAACGCCCCCGUGCCCUCCAACGGCGGCACCUACUGCCUGGGACAGCGCGUCAGGUACGAGUCAUGUAACCGGCAGGAGUGUCCCAAGGGCAGCGUCGACUUCAGGGAGGCCCAGUGCGCCACCUUCAACGGCAACAACUUCAACAUCCAGGGCCUGCCGUCGGACGUGCAGUGGGUGCCCAAAUACACAGGAAUCAAAAACAAGGACCGCUGUAAGCUGUUCUGUCGGGUGGCCGACUCGAGUGCGUACUACCUGCUGAAGGAGCGCGUCGUGGACGGCACCACCUGUACGCCCGACACAGACGACAUGUGUGUCAACGGCAUCUGCGAGCCGGCCGGCUGCGACCACAUUCUGCACUCGGAUGUGCACGCCGACCAGUGCGGAGUCUGCGGCGGUGACAACUCCACCUGCCACGUGAUCAAGGGCUACUUUGACAAGUCGACCCAGAAGAACAUCCACUACGGCUACAACCGCGUGGUACGCGUUCCGGCCGGUGCCACGAGACUCGACGUGCGCCAGAAGAGCAACGACCAUACCAGCAAGGACGACAACUACCUCGCCCUGCUCGACCCGGAGACCCGGGAAUACAUCCUCAACGGCAACUUCGUGGUCAGCAUGUUCAAGAAGGUGAUGCAGUACGGCGGCGUCCUGCUGGAGUACACGGGAUCCGACUCUGUCGUCGAGAGGAUCAACUGCAGCAAGCCACUGGAGAAGGAGCUCGAACUCUACGUGCUGUCUGUGGGGAACCUGGCCUCGCCAAACGUCGAGUACGAGUACACGGUCUCUGUGGAGCGUCCCGAGACCUACCAGUGGCAGCUGUCGCCACACUGGUCCGCCUGCGACCGCGUCUGCCAGGGAACGCGGUACCGGGAGGUGCAGUGUGUGCGCCGCUCCGACUCUGUGUCCGUCUCAGAGAGCCACUGCAGCCGGGACCCUCGUCCAGACCGCGAGGAAGUCGCCUGUAACUUGGGCUGUACGCUCAUCUGGAAGGUCACCCACCGCUCCGAGUGCUCCAGCUCGUGCGGACCUGGCACUCGUCGGGCGCAGUCGCAGUGUUUCCAGAGUUUCCCGGGCGCGCUGCAGAUCGACCUGUCUCCGAUCCAGGACCACAACUGCCAGCACUUGUCUGACCGGCCGGCGCUGCUGGAGGCGUGCCAGGGCGCCUGCGAACCCACCCGCUGGCGCUUCGGCGACUGGUCCGAGUGCUCACGCACGUGCGGCGGCGGCACCCAGGAGCGGACGGCCGUGUGUGUAACCAGCACGGGCUCAGUGAUGGCCGACACUUACUGUGACCACAAGGAGCGGUUCGUCUCCCAGCCGUGUGGCCACACAGAGUGCCCCAGCUGGCGAGUGGGCAACUGGAGCACGUGCUCCAGGAGCUGCGGCGGCGGCCAGCGGCGGCGGCCGUACUGGUGCGCCCUCGGCGACUCGUACCUACCUGAGUCGCAGUGUGACACCACGCUGGUGCCGUCUCACACGCAGCCCUGCGAGCUGCCGCCCUGCGCUCAGUGGCGCGCCGGCACCUGGGACGAGUGCUCGGUGACCUGCGGCCAGGGCGUCAGCCGGAGGACGGUGCUGUGUGUGGCCCCGGACGGUCACCGUAUCGAUGACGCGCUCUGCGAGGGCCAGCGGCCGGAAACGAGCCGCGCCUGUGAGCGGCCCGUCUGUCCGCCGCCGACUGCCCCGCCGCCGACCAGCACCCCGGCGGCGCCGCGCUGGAGCGACCCGGCCACCAAUCUGAUCGACCACUACCGAAACUACGUGUGGCGCUGGGGCAACUGGUCCGAGUGUUCGGUGACCUGCGGCCGGGGAGUCAAGUCGCGCUCCGUGGCGUGCUACAACAGUCGCACGGGCCACGUGCAGCCUAAGGAAGCGUGCCGACACAUGGAGCAGCCCAGGGAGAGCAAGCCCUGUCAGCAGGCCUUUUGCGGCGAGUGGCGCUUCGGCAACUGGUCAGCGUGCUCGGCGACUUGUGGUCAGAGCCUGAAGCGGCGUCAGGUGACGUGCGUGUCGGUGGUGAGUAGCGCCCCGCUGGAGGAGGAGCAGUGCGACAACAGCACGCGGCCGGCGGCGCUGCGCUCCUGUCCGUUUGUCAGCUGUCCGCCGGCGCCCGCCAGCACCCUCAGCAACCACAUCACCGGCAGCGACUGGGUGACGGGCGCCUGGGGCGAGUGCUCGCGCAGCUGCGGCGGCGGCUUCCAGCAGCGCCAGGUGCGGUGUCGGACCAGCGACGGUGACGGCGCAAGUAGCUGCGACCCGAACACACGGCCCAGUCCGACCGGCUACUGUAACACGGAGCCGUGUCCGCAGUGGAGCACCGGCCAGUGGAGUGAGUGUAACGCCACGUGCGGCUCUGGGACCCACAUGCGCCGCGUGCGCUGUCAGGACCACCUGGGUCAGCUGUUGGCCGACCACCAGUGCAGCGCGGCGGACCGACCGUCCCCACUGCGGCCCUGUCAGCUUCCAUCCUGCCCGCGGCCCGCCAGUCGCCAGUUCCGCUGGCGCGUCUCGCGCUGGUCCAAGUGCUCGCGGAGGUGUGACGCAGGGUUCAAGGUGCGCGCCGUCGCCUGCAUGGACACGGCGCGCUCCACGAAGGUGCCGUCGCGCUACUGCCAGACGCCGGGCCGCCGCCGGAGGCCGCGCUCCCGGCGCCGCUGCAGGAGGCGGCCCUGUCCCUUCAAAUGGGUACCGGGCUCCUGGUCCGAGUGCUCCCAGUCGUGCGGCAUUGGCGUGCAGUACCGGCGACCCUCCUGCCACCGUCUCAACAUGUUCGGCUGGCGGGACCCGGAGCCGGCGCCGGACGCGCUCUGCGCAGCACGCCGCCGGCCCCAGACGGUCCGCAAGUGUCACCGCUCCUGCUCGACACGGCACAGGUGGAAGACCAGUCCCUGGUCACAGUGUUCCAGCACGUGCGGCAACAACGGCCACCAGCUGCGCAAGGUGCGCUGUGUCAACGCGCGCGGCAAGCACGUCUCGCGCCGGCACUGUCUGAAGUCGGAGAGGCCGCGUCGGCGCCGACGCUGCGGCCGACGCCCGUGCGGCCCACUCUCCUGUCUGGAGGCGCGCGAUCGAUUGGGGACCCGCCAGGACGGCGAAUACUACCUGAUCGUGGCUGGCAGCAACACGUCCAUCUACUGUCACGGCAUGAACAGCUCGCAGCCUCCGCUCGAGUUCCUCACACUGCCGACAGACCCGCCGGACGUCUUCUCAAACUUCGCCGAGAUCGACGCCAAACGACUGCUGCAGCCACACACGUGCCCGCGGAACGGCAGCCGCAUUUCGGCGGCGCAGUGCCGCGAGUGUGUGCGGGCGCGCAGCCCGCACGCCGGCUUCACCGUCUUCACCAAGGUCCGGCUCAACAUCACCUCUCUCAACAUCAUCCCUCGUGACUUUACAUUCGCCAACACGUCUGGCCGCGGCCGGCCGGUGAACUACGGAGAGGCCGGCGACUGCUACUCUUCAGCAGGCUGUCCACAGGGCAGGUUCAGCAUCAACCUGCGCGGUACCGGCCUGCGCGUGGCAGCGGCCACCCACUGGGUGGGCGUGGGCAACAAGUCCACCGUCCGUAUCCACACGAGCAGGGGUCGGACGCUGGUGACGGGCACGUGCGGCGGAUACUGCGGCACGUGUCGAGCAGACUCGCCCGGCGGCAUCAAACUAGACGUGGCUCCACCCUGACGCCCGGGUCAGUAUCCACCGCCGGGGCAGCCCGCAUCGGCCCAUUAGGGGCUGUAGCGGUCAUUAAUUGUCUUUCAUCUGUACAUAUUCAAGCCCAUAUGUGCCUUAUACGAGCGGCUGGACGCGGUGCGCGCCGAAGGAGCCUCCGCGACGAAUAGCAGCUACCCACCUGGCCCGCCGCCGGGCCGCCGCUGACCGGUGUCGGGCGGCCCAACUACCGAAUCUCUACACGCUAACUCAGACUGUGAAUCACUGCCAGUGGAGCUAGUCGGGUGGCCGGCGCGGCGCCGAGCACCCGGCACUGGCGCCGGCUCGGCUGGCUCGACACGGACGGGCCCAGUGGAGCAACGCGAGCACGUCUCCUAACUCACUUGAAUAUGCCACGCGCCGCGUGACCGUGAACGGCUGCGCUGCUGGACUUGGUCGCUGCUGAGGUCUGCAUACUGUGCGAGUGCAAAGUGUAUGUGCGGUGCUCGUUUUGUAGUCGUAUGACAGAGAUUUGCCUUGUGCCUUAGCUGUGCCUUACUUCCGAAUGGCUGCUAUAUUACGUAGACGGCGCGGCGGAAAGAUCUGACCAGAAUGCUACGAGCUGCCGCCACUGCCAACUGUUGCAAUAACAAAAUAAAAAUGUGAACAGAAGGUGUAAUCUUUCAGUGCUCGUUGCCGAGUAUUGGGUAUCGGUGAUCCCUAUACUCAUCCCAAAUGACUCGCUCACGCGCUCGCUCCCUUGUCUGCGUGCGAGUUCUCGUGACCGAUCAAGACUGGGCCGAGGUUACUCUAGGC